UCUGAAAAUCAAGGAGGAACUUCACAAUCUCUCAACACUGAUUGAAGAUGAUGUCUCUGCCUCAUUUACUAACUCUCUGGGUCACCAUUCAACUGAGCGUUUUUGCCUCCAGCUCGCUUGUAUUAGGCUUGAAAAAGUUCUGUUCGUUGUGCACCUCAGGGGAGCUCAAGAGCCACAGAUCUGGAGAUGAGAUGACAUCCAUGCUGGCGUUAGAUGAACCCUGCGGGGUUUAUACGCUACCGUGUGCUUCAGGACUCCGUUGUAUUCCUCCAAUAGGAGACCAAAGUCCUCUUCAGGCGCUGCUUCAGGGACGAGGAGUAUGCAAAAACAGCAAAAACACCAUCUCAGAUGUCCCUCCACCUACAGACUACGAACCGACAACCACUGCAGAGAACAACGAAAAGGGUCCAUGUCGCAAACUGCUGAACUCAGUGCUCCAGAGUAUAGAGCUGACAGUGAUUCGCUCGGUUCAGGACAUUUACAUCCCAAACUGUGACAGACAGGGGUCAUUCAGGAGGAAACAGUGUCGCUCGUCACGAGGAAUGCAAAGAGGCCACUGCUGGUGUGUCGAUGAGAAAGGAUCAAAGACUUCGUCCCGUAGGAGAAGCGAUGGAUCAAUCUCCUGUAACAGCGCUUAACAGAACUUCACAUUGAAAUCUGUUUAUAAAUCUGAGACAGAGAAAGAGCCAGCGAAAGCGACAACAAACACUGAGAAUUCUGCGGCCACAAGCCUUUACAGUCCUUCAUCUCCCUCUGGUGGUGACAAAUAUGUUUGCAGCAUUAUGUCUCAUUAAUUCUCAUGCACAGACUGCCAGAACUACUU